UCGAUGGUUUGAAUGAUAUGGCUACCGCUACCGCCGCCAUCAAAUUAAAGUUCCUUUUGAUACCAGCUAUCGUUACUGCUUUGUUGGGAACGUAUUUUACUGCACUGUACAUCGACAGUCCCGCCAAGGAGAAAGCUAUUUUCAAACAAAAUAGUCAUUCAGUUGUCAGAAGAGACUUUAGAUAUGACACUUCAGUUAUCAACAAUCAGCAAAAGGUGAAUGUCGACGAAGAUGCGGAACUGUAUCAAAACUACAGUUUUAAUGUCAACUCAACAUUGGAAUAUAGGUUUAAGUAUUCAUACGAACAAGACCUUGCCUCGAAUCAAGCUAUAUCUAUCCAGGUCACUAGCAAACCUGUUAAUAGAGACAAUCCUGUUCAUGUAGUUGUUAAGCAACAAAAAGCAAUUGUUUCGUGGCAACUACCGCUUCUGUUAGAAACGUCAAGUGGAUCAUUUCAAGAAUACAGCAGUGCAAGCCGCCAGCUUUGCACUGAACGCAAUAACGUUACGGUCAAGCACGAAUUUGUUCUUGGUGUGUCAACAUCAAAUCCCCAAAAUUUAAGCGUUGUGGCUUCUGUUACUCCUGUUCAAGAUUUUGUGGUUAAAUUAGACGGAAACGGUACGGUCACGUUGGCGGCUUCUGAGCCUAAGUAUUAUCAAUUUUUGUUUCCGGUAAAUGUUACGCAUGUACUACUUACAGUUAAAUCGGAUGAUGACUACUGCAUGUUGGUUUCCGUUCAAAACUUAUCGUACCCUGCAGUGUUUGAUACGGAUCAGGAAUUACGGUAUGGUGGAAUUCGGCAAACACUUAUGAACAAAACUGGAAUGGCGAUAAGCCGAGAACGAUUCCCCGAUGGAUUCUUCGUUGUUUUCGUCGUCAAGGCUGACGAUUAUGAAUGCACAGGCAAGCGCACAGCUUCAUCGCCUAUGAGAAAGAAAACGGUUCAUUUUGCGAUUCACGAGAUGGUUAGUUACGAUAAUUACAGAUACGCUGUUUUCGGAGUUUUAGGAAUAUUUGCUAUCUUCUAUAUUGGAGUUUUCGUAUCAUUUUGUUUCAAUUGUGGAAAUACCGUACCCGCUGAACUACUGGAGCCGAGUUUAGUUGAAGUAGAGAACACAGCUUCAAGUCAUAGUCCCACAGCCGCUCCUGCCAUUAGUCCAACUCUUGACUCGACGGAUGUGGAAUCAGAACUUCUUAAUUCACUCUCAUGUUCCUCUCCGGACUUAAUCGGUGUUGAUCAAAUGUCUGACGCAUCUAGUGAUUUAAAUGUUAUUAGGACCAAAAAAUGUCUUGUCGUGGCCGAUCUUUCCCACAAAGGGUCGGGGUCCCAUGUCAAAAAUUCGUGGCUUUACAAGCGGCAUUUAUGGAUUGUCUCUCUAUUUUAUGCUCUACCUGUGAUACAGCUUGUCACCAUUUACCAAAACAUGAUGAACGACACGGGUGACCAGGAUCUGUGCUACUUCAAUUUUCUCUGCGCCCAUCCCAGGUGGAAUUUUACGGAUUUCAACCACAUCUACUCAAAUCUCGGUUACAUAUUACUGGGCAUCCUUUUCCAUGUCAGUACCGCGCACAGAAAAUUUCUUAGGCGAAAACUCUCAAGAGAAAAUCGCGAUCGGCUGGAAGAGCAUUACGGAAUUCCUCAACAUUACGGCCUGUUUUACGCUAUGGGAACGGCAUUAUUGGUCGAAGGGUUACUGAGUGCCUGUUACCACAUAUGCCCUACACGCGCCAACUUUCAGUUCGACACAACUUUUAUGUACGUGAUUUGCAUACUUUGUACGUUAAAGAUCUACCAAAGUCGCCAUCCAGACAUCAAUGCCGAAGCCCAGGAAGCAUUUAAGGUUCUAGCUGCCGUCGCUGUACUAUGCGUCUUCUCACUAUUUAUUGAGGACAUGUUGGUUUUUCAAAUCUUCGUCUUUUUCAUUCAUCUCUUCGCAUGUCUAGCUAUAUCUACUCGAGUGUACUAUAUGGGCACAUGGAAAAUGAACUUUGGAGCUUUCAAACGAAUUUAUUGUGUGUUUCGGAACGAUUUCAAAGCUGGACUAUCAAACUGCUGCCGACCAAUGUACGUCGAUCGAAUGAUCCUAUUGGUCAUAGGAAUGCUUACCAAUAUGGGUUGGGCGAUGUAUGGAUUGGUGUACCGUCCUCCAGAUUUCGCUUCCUACAUGCUUGGAAUCCUCGUCACUAAUCUGUUUUUGUAUUUCACUUUCUACAUCUUCAUGAAAGUGUGGCAUGGCGAGAAGAUCUUGUGUCACGCGAUAUUUCACAUGGUCUGUGCAUUUCUUUUUGGGAUUCCCGCGAUGUACUUUUUCAUCAACAACGCCGCCACUUGGAGUAAAACAGCUGCCCAAUCUCGAAUUUUCAAUCGAGAGUGUCAGGUACUCAGUUUCUACGACAAUCAUGACAUUUGGCAUUUCCUUUCGGCUGGCAGUCUUUUCUUUUUCUUGAUGACUCUUCUUACUUUGGACGAUGACCUCGCUUACACACCACGUGAUGAGAUUCCAGUCUUCUAAGGCAAUUUUUCAAUUUGUUUUUGUUUUAUGUUUUUUUUUUUUUGCAAUUUUUCUUUUAACAAGUAACCAAAGUAACCAAAGUCCGGUCAAGUCCGGGGAAUAGUGGCUUUGCGUUAACCUCAGACUCUUUGGCUUUACCGUGCUCAAGCCCAUGCUGCGAGGGCUCUUUAUUAAUCGCUUGCAUAGGCAGAAGUUGGUGAGUGCCAUUCACCUUGUUCUGCCACAUUUGUAUUAAUU